AUGUUCGCAUCAUCUCCAGAUCAUUUUCGUCCGCACGACAGUUUGAAUCUGCCUACGUAUAUACAUAUCAGUUUGAUGGAAAGUGAAGAGCAAUGUGAUAGCAUUAAUUUUCCAUUUUCACUACGGUUAGAUAAUCCAACACUUGAAAGGAUUGCAGUGAAAAAGCUGAAAUGUAUUGAAAGAGGAUAUGCUUAUCCGCAUAUAGACAUCGUGUUUGCUAGAGGAGAAACUAGCUUAUUAACCAAUGGGCUUAUUACUUCAGAAAAGGACCAAAAAACUUGUGGAUUUUACAAAAGUGUCCAGACAAUUUCACGCAACUCCACAGAGCUUCAGCUACUACCUGACUUUGAAACGAAAACCAAUCUGAAUGGUUAUGUAAUAUUUGCGUACAACACCAUGGAACACAUGCAUACCCCCAAAUUCACAACAUCUUGGAAAACAUGGUCUGGUGCUAGAAUGUUGAGCACGAGAAUGCCCUUGCCACAUAUUGUAACAAAAAUGUCAUUUUUCAAAAAAGUUUCCGGUCAUCUGACGUUUGAAUACAUUUUGAUUGCAAAAGUGAAAAACAUGAUGGUAAACGCUGCUCCAGCGUUGAAUGUUCUUCAUUACAUGAAGCCAAAACUUUGCGCGUAUGUUGGAGCAUAUAGAAAAAUAUCAUUUGAGGUAAAUAGAAAUUUGUGCCGUAGUCUUGGACUGGCCGAAGCAAACUACGCAGACGCACUGACAAAUCGAUUUCGAGUAUCAUACAGUAAUAAUACUGGAUAUGUCGAGAUGUCGAAAUUUAUUGAGUAUAGGUGUAAAGAAGAAGAAGAAGAAGCGAGAGCAGCAAAAGAAAAGCUUGUCAAAAAGUCAACUCAUGUACAAACAGAACCAACGGACACCUUAAGAAACAUAAGGAAAAAGUUACCGAGAACACUGCCGUCCACCCCCAAUACAAUUCGUUCUCCAUCAACUCCACCAAUUUUCUACCCGACAUAUCCCUCCCCAAACUCAAUCAUAGGAACUAUAAUCGAACAUAAAAGUGAAAUUGUCACAGUUGGCAACAACUAUUUGCUGGUUCUUGAUAAUCGCAAUCAAGCAGCAAACGUUCUUUCAUACACUCCGCGUUCUGAAGCUCUACAAAAAGCUGAGAAAAUUUUCAAUGAUCAAAUGCCAAGUCUGCCUGUUGAGCACAAAGAUAUUCCACAAGUUUUUUCUCGGAGCCCAUCGAAUCUCUACAAUUCGAACAAUGAGACGCCAUUACUACAAAAUUUCCAGAAGCUCCCUGAAGACGAUGGAUCAUUACUACGACACCUAAAAACCAAGUAUUUCAACUCGGAAGAAUAUACAUCCGCCGAGUUUUGCAAGCAUAUGCCAAAAUAGGAAUCUUGAACUUUCAAGCCUUUUGUUAUAAGAUUAAAGCAUCUCGCAUCAUGAUAUCAAGCUUGUUUUCAAUUUUUUUGUCACAAAUUCGUUUUUUAAAUGCGUUCAACCUUUAUCUUGAAGCUUUCGUGUUCUUUGAAAAUUUGAUGUCUAACAAUAGAAUGCUCGUCAGUCCGGAAAUCAGAUUUUGAAAUAAAGGUAAAUCUGCGUUUGAUGACGAUUCUCUCAUACCGGAUGAGCACCAUCACUUCACAAUUUCACAAAGU